GAAAAGAAGAUGAUUUUUCCAAUAGUAAAUAACUAAGAUGGAAAAAGAAGCACAGUUAGCACACACCGGCAUUGCCAAGUGAAUCAUGUACGUAGCUCAUAUAUCUCAAUCAUCCCCAUCUUAGUUUGAGUUGAGUGGUCGACUGGUCGGCCAUGCUAAUUGUAGCCAAAGCAAUAGAGAAAAGGCUCCUCCGGAUCCUCUCCUAGCUUGAGUGCUAUAGCUCUCUCAUUCUCUCAAACCCAGAAAUCAAUUGAACCCAAAUGAAACUAAUUCCUUCUUGUUCUCUUUCCUCUUACUCUUCAUCACCUCUCUCAUAUAUUUUCUCUUUGACCUAGAUUUGUUCAUGCACGAUCCAAAGAACUCACAACCAGCAAGGAAGCCUUGGUAUCAAAGAGCAAUAGAGAUGGGCACUCUAUGGAGAUCAAGCAUCAGUAGUCCCAAGCAUCCGACAGAUCAAGUUACAACACCAAAUGCCACAACCUUGUGGAAAACCAUUACCAAAUCCACAAACAACAACAUUCCUAAUUCUUCGAAUUCCAGUAGACACAAGCUGAGAAAAUGUGCCUCCUUAAAGGUUGCGACUUCGUUUACUAGGGUUUGUCUUUGUGCACCCAUCUCUUCCAACAAUGAGAUUUUUAGGUCUGAGCUCCCACCAAGAAGAAGCAACAGUUACCCGAGAUCGAAGCCAUUGGGGACGACGACGCCGCCGCAAGAUCAAAGAAUAAGCAAUAUUACGACUAUGAUGAGCACAAGGCGUAGCACUUCCGAGAGAAGAGUGUUUCGUGGGAAAUCACUGACGGACGACGUUUUGAUGAGGAGAUUUGUUGUGGAAGAAGAAGCAAUGAUGCACGUCAGAAGGAGAAAUCAAAUGGAAGUAAUAAGGAGAAAAAGUAAAAUGAGGAGGAAGAAUCUUGGGCCUAGUCGUCUUAGUAGAAUGGUCAUGGCUGGAGAGGAGGAUAAUUCAUAA